AAAAUAUGUUUUGCCGCUAACUCACAAGAAGAUUAUUUACUAAAUCAAGGGAACCAAUUGAACCACCUUAUCUUGAAUUACAAAGGGAUUUCCUCGAACCUGCUGAGUUUUACUAAGAAUUGUCAAAACAUGGAGUUUCAUUUUAUGCAGGAGUUCCUGAUUCUCUCUUAAAAGACUUCUGUGCUUAUGUCUAAGUAUCAAUCUCAUCUAUUUAUAAGGACAAUGCUCCACCAGGAUAACACGUAAUCACUGCAAAUGAAGGUACUGCAGUCUCCAUGGCUGCUGGAUAUUAUUUGGCUACUAAAAAGAUUCCUUGUGUGUAUUUAUAAAACAGUGGUUUGGGGAAUAUUGUGAAUCCUUACAUGUCAUUAGCCCAUCCCAAAGUUUAUGGAAUUCCUAUGUUGUAUUUAAUUGGGUGGAGAGGAGAGCCAGGAAAAAAAGAUGAGCCCUAACAUUUAGUCUAAGGCAAGAGAAUGAAUGGUAUUCUUACUGAAAUGGGAAUGCAAUACGAUGUAUUGCCAGAUUAUAUUGAAGGAGCUGCAGAGGUUCUUGAUACUGCCUUCUAUUCUAUGAAAACUAGGUAAUUCUAUAUUUAUAUCAUAGAAAUGGACCUUAUGCUUUACUUGUUAAGAGAUAAUGCUUUACCAAUUAUAAGUUGAAGAAUGUGGCUAAAAAUAAUUACCAAUUAACUAGGGAAGAAGCUUUAACUGAGGUUAUAUAAAAUAGUCGACCUCUUGAUGUUUGUGUUAGUACUACAGGCUUUCUAAGUAGGGAACUCUUCGAAUUAAGACAACGUCUCAAUUAAACAGGAGAAUAAGACUUUCUAACUGUAGGAUCAAUGGGACAUGCAUCUAGUAUUGCUCUUGGAAUUGCAUAAGUCAAGAAGAGCAGACAAGUUUUUUGUUUAGAUGGAGAUGGAGCCAUGUUGAUGCAUCUGGGUGCAAUGGCUCAAAUAGGUAAUAUUGGCCCAAAAAAUUAUAAACAUAUCCUAUUCAACAAUCAAGCUCAUGAUUCUGUUGGUGCUUAACCCACAAGCAAUCCUUAGGUUAAUUUUACUCAAAUCGCUUUGGGAUGUGGGUAUAAGGAUGCUUUCCAAGUUGAAACAAAAGAAGAGAUCACCAAAGGGAUGGAGAGAGUAUAAUAAUUUGAUUCAUAUUUCAUAGUUAAAUCGAAAUGAUGGUCCCAUUCUUAUGGAGAUCUUGAUCAAACCAGGAGUCCGAAAAGAUCUAGGGAGACCAACAACAACAACAUUUGAAAACAAAGAGAAGUUUAUGCAUUUUUUGACGUAUUGAUUUAUUCUAUAAAAUCUGAGUUAUAUU